AUGCACAAAAUCAAAUUACAAUUUCUGAAUCCAGAUGUUGAAAAUAAUUACAUUCAAGAGCAACAAUUCCCAAAAAGAAAAUUUUACUUAAAAUUAUGUACUGUAGGAUUAUAAGCGCUAUUAAUAACGAAGUUAAUUUUUUCACUUGUUGAAAAAAACUAUUUAGUCACUUAUCCAUUACUUGUCACUUGGGGAUUUACAAUUCCAUUUAGUUUUAUACCGGUUAAAACAGAUAUUUAAAUAAGAAUUAACAUUGUGUUCCUGAAUAUUGCUUAUGUUGUUUAUCUCUUAUUUUUUGAUCCUUAAGAUGAAGCAACUAUUAUGUAUUUUAAAGGCUCAACACAAAUGGCUGCCAAUAUUGUCAAUAUUUUUGUUCUUGAAUUUAUUGAAUCAUCAAUCUUAAGCUUUGUGAUUUUAAUAUUGAGAAUUAUUCAUCUUUUACUAUACAGUAAUAGCAUAGACUUAUCUUCAAUUUUAUUUGGGGGACUAGUUAAUUUUAUUUUAGUUUCAAUGCUCUAUAUACAUCAUAAAGCAUUGAGGUCUAAAUACCUUUUAACCAAAACCGAUCAAAGAUGGGAAAAUAUACUAAAAUAAAUUGUCCAUAAUUAAAAAUUUAUCUUAAUCAACUUUGAUCAAGAUAAACUUAAAUUUACUUGCACAACUUCUACAUUUUCUAAGAAAAUAUAAUCAUAAGAUGAGGUAAUUAAUUUUAUUCGUAAUUCAAAAAUUUUAAAUUUCACAUUCGAAUAGUAUCUAUAUAAAACCAUUACUAAAUUUUAAACUAAUUCUGUUGAUAACCUAAAUAAUAUUAUUAUGAUAACAUAUAAGCGUUAAUUAAUAAAACUUAAUUUCUCUGUUUUUUAUGGAAAUCAACCAACCAUUUUAAUAUAAAAACACACUCCCUUAUAAGAAUUACAUUAUAAAAAAUACUCAAACUUUACUUAAUUAUAUUUAUAGAUUGUGAUUUUUCUUAUUAGAAUUAUCAAAGAAAAUAAAAAUUUUAAUUCAGUUAAAUUUCAAAUAAUUGCCAAAAAGCUUUUCUUAAAAAAUUUAGUUGUCGAAAUUUAUAAUCAAAAUUUUACAUCCAAAACCAUUAGUCUUAGAAAACUUAUAAAAAAUACAACUCUCUUAAAAAAUCCAAAUAAAUAAAUAUAAUUAUUAUUCAAAGACCUCAUAUUUACAACUAUACCGAAAAUAUUUCAUAUAUAUUUAGCUUUCAUUUUUGAAUGCUCUAAUAAUGAAUUAAUUCUAGUCAAAGUAGAAUAGAAUAAAAAUAAUGAAAUUCUGACUCUAUAAUUUUUUGGAGCAUUUAAUUGUGAGAAAUUGAGAAUUUAUGUAUAAAAGUUUGAAUACUAUCUAUUUUUGAUCUUUCGAAAUAUUAAAUGCGAAGAAAAGAGUAUAAUUAUAAAUUAUAACUAGAAGUAACAAUUUAAUUAAAUUCAGAGAUAUUUAUACCAUAUAAGUAUUUUUCCUAAAAUAAUACAUCUCUAGACGCUAAUUAUUUAUGA